GCUGAGGGUAUCAUACGUGUCGCUUCCACUGCGAAUGUGCAAGGGAGCUCAGUCCGCGGUUGCGUCUCCGCCACAACCGUUAAUCUGCAGCAGGGUAAAGUGCUGGUUCUUGUGCCAGAAGGAAACCUGAUUGGAGAAAGAGUGUGUGUUCUGAAGGAAAAGAAAGAUGUUUAUGAUGGAAGACCCUAGCGGCGGGAGAGAAUCUUUGGUGCUAAUUAUGGGCGAAGACGUCAUGCACAUGCUCCUCCGGCUGGUCAUGGCGUGGGUGUUCCUUCUCCCAUGGUCGACAUUGGCCUUUAUUGUGAUCUGCGUGGGCGUGUGGGUGGGAAAGAGGCUCACAGCGGCUCGGUGCACGUCUUCGCGCAGAAUGGACGGCAAGACGGUUGUCAUCACGGGAGGAGAGUCUGGUCUUGGGAAGGAGGUGGCGAAGGACCUCGUGAGGCGUGGCGCGGAUGUCAUCAUCGCAGGAAUAGACAAGAUAAAGGCUUUCGAGACGAGAGACGAGCUGGCAGGUAAAGAAGGGAGUUUGGAAACGGCGUAUCUGGACCUCUCCAAGAUGUCGUCCGUCAGGCAAUUCGCUAAAACUAUGGAGGGACGAAAAAUAGACGUGCUUUUAAACAACGCUGGUGUUGCCGAUUUACCCCAAAGACUCACAAAGGAAGGUCUAGAGUUCACAGUUGCGACCAACCACCUGGGACACUUCCUGCUGACGCAUCUCCUUAUGCCCGGACUGAAGAAGGCCCGUGGGAAGGUGGUCACCGUGGCAUCCAUCUGCCACAAACGCGUCAGGGAUGUGGAUGACCUGGGCCUGGAGGGCGGCCUCAAGUUCAGCUACGAACGCGAGGUCGGCACGCUGGAGAUAUACGCGGCUACCAAGGCCAUGAAUAUUUUGUUUUCUUCGGAACUCUCUCGGAAGUUGAGCGGCACAGGCGUAACUUCGAACUGUUUGAAUCCUGGGUCAUCGAAAACCGAUAUAUUUAAAAACUUGACGACCUGCCAUUGGUACGGCCCCUUCAUCAGGCUAUACGUCAUGGCAUAUGCAAAGACAAUCAACGAAGGGGCUCAGACGUCCAUCUAUGCUGUUGUUUCCGAAGAGGUCGAUGGUGUUUCGGGAAAAUAUUUCGAGGACUGCAAGGAAAUGGAACCGUCAGAGUUAGUACAAGAUGUGGGUGUUGCCCAAAAACUCUGGGAAACGAGCGAACGACUUGUUCAGCUGCAGCCACACGAAAGGACAAUUUAGAUUUUAAAAUGCAGUCUCUACCUUCCAGAAAGGGCUGUGAGUGAAACUAUGCAAGUAAAUAAGUAUACCAGCAACAUGCAUUUCUUAAAAGACUGUUAGUACACAUAAGAUAGUAAAGUGCAUAUUAAAUGAAAUGUAUGUAGAAGAAAUAG